AUGGCGACAACCGCAGUAUCCUCUCAACCGUCGAAGGUCGCGGUGUCUACCUCCCUUGAGAACUCCGGCAUUGACACUGGCACUGGCACCCCGACCGGGACUCCCUCACGAACACCCGUAUCAGUCUCCGCGAAACAACAAGGUGAAGUACACGUCUUUGGUAUCCUACAGCAUACCGGCCCGCCCGUGGAAGAUGACGUUCCUGGUCUCUACAGAGACGGGCGCGUCCGCAAUCCUGUCCCCAGCAAGCUUAAGGGCAGGACAGAUUCCAGAAAAGGGAAUUUCGGGGUCAUGCAUAUAGAUCUCCCUACGACCAACGAAACUCAGGAUCGUGAUGCGGCAGCCAAGCGCACGAGCGAAGGAACCCAGUUGGCGGCGAAACUGGCCCAAACAGAUCGCUAUGUUGCCUUCAAACGCAGCAAGUAUGCCUACCAACCAGAAGAUCAAGCCGCGCUCAACCCGCCAAAGCACGAUGGAUACCAGCAGAGGACUUUGCCGCUCACCGUGGCCGAAACCAAAGCCGAGCAGGCUCGACUACUGGUUCUGUUGCGAAACCUGUCGCCUGCUCUUGUUGUGGAUCAAAUAUGCAAGGCGCUGGCCUUCUUCGGCGGGGUUUCCGAUGCGCAGCCUUCAGUCGACGAAGAUUUCCCACAUAGCGCAGAGGCGAACGGAUCCGGUUCUCUCUUUGUGGGCUGGUUGGCUGAAAUAUUCCCAGCCCUUGGUCAAGGGUCGAUCCCGAGUGCUCAGCACCCGCCGCUGAGACGUCCGCGAGGCCGGCCCAAAGGAAGUAAAAAUGCCAAGGGAAAGAAGGACAAACUUGCUAGGAAACGAUUUGGGUUUACUGUACCAUCGGCAAGUGCCACAGAAGAUGCUUGCGCCGGCGGUGAUUUAAGCAGGGAGUCCGUCGCGGACGAAAGCUGGAUUGAUGUUGAGGAUGGCAUCGCAGAGGAUGAUGGGGAAGGUCCAGAUGGGAAGCCCGUACCGAAUUUUAUGACUCCAUCUCACAACAGUAAAGCCAUGGUCGAUCAAAGUGCUUCUGGCAGUAUGCUAGGAGAGGCAGCUACAGUUACACCGACUCCAAAGCGGCGAGGACGACCCAAAGGCUCCAAAAACCGACCGAAAAACAAGACCAUGCUGAACGACGGCACCUUGAAUACUCGGGAUGUGUUCUUGAGCACAGCAACCGGUUCUAUCUCGAGUGCACAGUCAAGCCAUGUUGAGCCUGGACUGCCCAGCGUCAAGAAACGGAAACCUGGGCCAGGCCGUCCCAAGGGUUCCAAAAACCGGCCUAAGGAACCGGCACCUACAUCUGAUCAUGAUCCUCAAUCACUACCAGCGUCCACGAACAUCGAUCAUGGAGGAACAGAGGUACAUUUAGAUGCAGUGGAGGGUGCCUCUCAGCCGCCAUCAGCCAUUGAUCUUGUUCCCAUUGUGCAAACCGAGCAGCACCGGCAGCCGCCAAAAAGUACCAUUUUGCCCACGCCUGCCUACUCUGCACCAGAGCCUGUAAGUGAAGCCACUGCAGGAAAACCGAACGCCGGAGAAGGAGGCUCUCAAGGCAUCAAAAGGAAGUGGAAUGCCGCCAAUGGAGGAAGAACAACCGCGCCUGAUGCGACCCGGACUGCACUGGCCCCGAACCAAAGUCCACCCGAUGCUGUUGCUGCUUUUGCUUCACAUAGUGGCUCUCCACCACAGAUGACAGGAUAUCAUGACCCCCCCAACCAGGAUCAUGUGAACGUCUACCCACCAGCGAAGAGACAGAAGUUUCACGCAACACCUCGGCGAGAAUCCAAAUUGAACAGCCAACCUGGCCAGGCCACUCGGCCCGAGCCGCAUACGCGACAAAUAAAUGCCCCCGCGGAUCACCAUAGUGAUACCCUGGGUGGAACCGGUGGCAGCAACUUGCAGAGGCCCAGGAACCAAGUGAGUGUCUCUGCGAGUCCAUCUACGCUCCAACAGGCCUCCAACACCCAACAAUCUCAUGUCGAACCGCCAAUCGAAUACAAACAUGCUGCAACACUAGCUACGGGCCAACAGGCUGAAACACCAAAAGUGGACGAGUCCUAUACCAUGAACGUGCCAGGAAGAACAGCACAAGGCAUUUAUAAACAGGUUCGGCCUGCUCAGUCACAGUACGGACAGCAACAGCAACAGCAACAGCAACAGCAACAGCAACAGCAACAGCAACAGCAACAGCAACAGCAACAGCAACACCAGCACCAGCACCAGCAGCAGCAGCAGCAGCAACAACAACGGCAUCUGCAUCAGCACCAGCAGCACCAGCAAAAACAACGCCAUCAACAACUGCGCCAUCAGUCCCACCAUCAAAAGCCGCAACAAUCCGCUUUACAAGAUCGGUCGAAUGUUAGCCCGCAUCGCCUUCCCACCCCAAACGCUGGCCAAGCAACGCCGGCAGCUGGACAUGAUGGAAACUCCUACAUCACAUCCACUGGAGACGGCGACUAUAAUGGGUUGGCUAGUGUGCGUUCAUCGUUCGAUACGCAGAUGGUAGCACCUGCAACUGCACCAGAUGUCAAUUAUCGAAGCGCUACAUCGCGCUCCAUGCAGCACCACUCUCCCUCAUUUCAAGCACGACAAGCACACCAAUCCCAGAGCUCGGGCCUGCCGUCUUUCCAUGACUAUUCAGAAUCGAGCUUUCUCGAAAUUUCGGCACUUGACUCGGCUAGCCAAGCUAGCUUAAAUAUUAAUCCGACAUCGUACAACAUCAACGGCGGGAAUAUGCAGCGGGUCUCGCCCAACAUGAGCUCGUCCUAUCGCACAGACUCGGGCAUGGGCCAGACUUCAUUCGAUGGAAGCAUGUCAGAGUCUGCAAUACAGGAACGCAUGUAUCACACUCUCAGGCGAUAG